ACUAGCCAUGGUUGAUAUCGGGUUAAUCUCAUAAAGAAGAGAAGAGAAAAGAUGUAUACUGCUACUGCGUACAGUGAGGAGUGAGUGCAGAGAGGGACGAAAUCCAUAUCAAUCUUAUCAGUGGAUCCAUCCAGCAGGUACGGAGGUACGGAGAACGUAUGAUCACCAGUUUUCCUGGCUCGCGGCUUCUCCCGUCAUGUUGCGCAUGUCUCUCUGCCUGUUUAGGAUGUCUGGAUCAUUUCUGGGUUCUUGUCAGGCUGUCUAAUCGCCUCCGGAUCCACCAUAUUGUCCCCGAGUCUACGGAGUCGGUCGAGUCUUCUAUAUCGAGUACUCCUGUCCGGAAUCUACCUAUAUAGAAGCACUUAAGAUGCUACUGUCCAUCCCACAUUCUCUGGGUCCAUUCUAUCAAUUGGAUCCAGGAAAUAUGCAUCCUUCGAUCCGAGUCAAUCCUGGAUAUACAUCAGAAUCCAUUCUCUUUAUCCUCAAACCUAUCAUGAACAGACUCCACCUUCACAGGCUCCGGUUCCCCUCUUUCUCUUUCCCACAGACUCGAAAGUUGUUCAGGUAUCGUACAAGGGCCAGCAGCAAUGUUGCAAAUAAUUAUUUCCAAUACAGGCUCAUUGAAGGUGUGGAAAGACUAGAAGGAUAUCACGCUGGAGGCUACCAUCCAGUGAAAAUUGGUGACUGCCUCCAUAACCACUACCAUAUAUACACAAGCUGGGCUUUGGCGCAUACUCAACAAUAUGGCUGGCGAGAGACGAGCGAGCUGGCGGGUAUGUUGCCAUCAAGACCUUGACUGCCGAUAGCAGCAGACAGGAAAAUGAUAUACUACGCCAACUGGAUUCUGGGGGAUUCUCCAGCGUACAUCCUGGAAAGGCCCAUGCCCCUUCAAUUCUAGACGAAUUUGCGGUUAAAGAGCCCAAUGGUGAACAU